CCCCUGCUGCUUCGUCUCCAUGGUUGCGGCUGCUACUGUAUCUCUCGCCGCUGUCACUGCCACGGUAGAGCUUCCUCCGCUCUCGAAAACCCAAUAAAUUCCCCCUUCCCCACAAUGUAAGGGCAAUGACAGCAGCUCUACCCAACGAAGCCUUGCAAUGGAGGAUGAUUUAUUCCAGCUCAGACAGCUGCCAGUAGUCAAGUUCUGCCGUACAGGGGAGAGCUCCAGGUCUGAGGAUGAUACCCUCUCGGGGGAGCAUGAGAUCCAGAUUGAAGGGGUUCGCCCAGCCCUAGAAGCGGUGGAACUGGAAGAUGGGACAGCUGUCCCGAAGGACUUUGCCAAACCCACCGAUGAUACUUUCAUGGUGGAAGAUGCGGUGGAAGCCAUUGGGUUUGGAAAGUUUCAGUGGAAGCUCUCCAUCCUCACUGGAUUAGCCUGGAUGGCGGAUGCGAUGGAAAUGAUGAUUCUAAGUAUACUAGCUCCCCAGCUCCACUGUGAGUGGAGACUCCCCAGCUGGCAGGUCGCCUUGCUCACCUCGGUGGUGUUUGUGGGAAUGAUGUCAAGUUCGACUCUUUGGGGAAACAUUUCUGACCAGUAUGGGAGAAAAACAGGGUUAAAGAUCAGCGUGUUCUGGACUCUAUAUUAUGGGAUUCUCAGUGCCUUCGCCCCAGUGUAUAGCUGGAUCCUGGUGCUCAGAGGCCUGGUGGGAUUUGGGAUCGGAGGAGUCCCUCAGUCGGUCACCUUGUAUGCUGAGUUCCUCCCAAUGAAAGCCAGAGGCAAGUGCAUUUUGCUGAUAGAGGUUUUCUGGGCGAUCGGCACAGUGUUUGAAGUCCUCCUGGCAUUGUUCGUGAUGCCCAGCCUGGGAUGGCGUUGGCUGCUCCUUCUGUCCGCUGCCCCGCUGCUCUUGUUCGCCAUCCUCUGUUUCUGGCUGCCGGAGAGCGCGAGAUACGAUGUCCUGUCUGGAAAUCAAGAGAAGGCCCUUGCCACCCUCCAGAGAAUCGCGACGGAGAACGGCGCGCCGAUGCCUCUGGGAAAGUUGGUCACUUCCAGGCAGGAAGACCGAGGCAAAAUCAGGGACCUAUUCACACCCCAGUUUAGAUGGACAACUCUGUUGCUGUGGUUUAUAUGGUUUUCCAAUGCGUUUUCCUACUAUGGGUUGGUUUUGUUAACCACAGAGCUCUUUCAAGCUGGAGAUAUCUGCAGCAUUUCCAGCCGAAAGAAGGCAGAGAAGGCCAAAUGCAGCUUGGCUUGUGAGUAUCUAACUGAAAAGGACUACACAGACCUGCUCUGGACCACUCUAUCCGAGUUUCCUGGUGUCCUUGUGACUUUAUGGAUUAUUGAUCGACUAGGCCGCAAGAAGACAAUGGCCCUUUCCUUUUUCAUCUUCUCCUUUUGUAGUCUCCUGUUGUUUAUCUGUGUUGGAAGGAAUGUUCUCACUGUAUUACUCUUCGUAGCCAGAGCUUUUAUUUCCGGAGGAUUUCAAGCCGCUUAUGUCUACACCCCUGAGGUUUAUCCGACAGCCACGCGGGCCUUGGGCUUAGGCACUUGCAGUGGAAUGGCCAGAGUUGGGGCGCUCAUCACCCCCUUUAUCGCUCAGGUGAUGCUGGAAUCAUCCGUCUAUCUGACCCUGGUGGUCUACAGCGGCUGCUGCCUGCUGGCCGCCGUGGCUUCCUGCUUCCUGCCCAUCGAGACCAAAGGCCGGGGCUUACAGGAGUCCAGCCACCGGGAGUGGGGUCAGGAGAUGGUCGGAAGGGGCUGCCAAAACGUAGGCCUCACCAGAUCAAACUCUGGGUCGCAGGAGUAACGGACGAUGCCGGGGUGGACUGUCAGGAAGCCCAGAGAGGGAGGAGCUGUGUAAAGAAACAACAACAACAAAAAACAACAACAAAAAACCCCAAACAAGCUGACCAGGCCCCACCACUGCCAAAUGUCGUGUGUCAAAGUGCGGGAGCUAUUGAUUGGACCUAAAGGGAUUCACGUCUUUCCUCUCAUUUGCUCAUUUUCACGUAGAGCCCCCGGGCUCGGUGCUGGGCUUACGGUUUACGAUCGGCCCCGUUUGCCGACAGGGCCAGUUGCCGAGUUGCCAGUUGAGGCUGAUAGCCGACUCGCUGCUGCUGCUGUUGCUCCCACUCAGGGUGGGACCAAGAUGGGAUGCUUAAUGGCAAGAGGAAAGUUUUAUGAGCCAGAGGGACGCCCUGCCCAGCACGCUCACCCGGACGCAAGAGGGUCUUCGAAUGAUAAAGCCUCCUCUGUGCUCUACUGAAUCAUCAACCACCAAAGUCCGGCUGACCGACAACAGUUGCUUCUUAAUACCCCCGGGGUGGGGAGUCAGUUUUUGUGACAUUCUGUCUCCUAGAAAAAGCCCAGUGUGUUAUGAGUGACAUAAGAACAUUUGGGCAGGAAGUAUCAUCUAGACAACGGGAAGGGGUUACCAUAUAAACUAGCGCUAGAGAGAUACCCUCUAAAAACUAGGGGCAAGGAGGUAUCAACUUGAAACUAGGGGCAGGCAAGUACCAUCUAAACUAGUGAAAUGGAGUAAUACCAUUGCUUGACUGACUGAGAUGCUAAGAGGACCCUCAAUGUGGGGGAACCCACUCCCUCAUCCCUUGGCUUUUCAUCAGCCAUGGGAGUCGAGAAUCCAGACAUCGAGGAGCAAAAAGAAAUGUAUGACCAAAACGAAAGGACCCACCUGUUACAGUCUUAUGUUUUUCAGAACGCUAAUACCGGACCCACCGUCCUGUGCUGCCAACAAGGAACUCUUGGCUUAUUUCCAGUAUCCCCCUCCUCUGGGAUGUCAUAGGGAUGUAUGGCAGUGCCAACCAUGCCACGCCACAUGGGGCAAUAGCAGGACAACUUACUGGACUAAGUGAUUCAGGGCCAGGUCCCUUGGUCUAUAGAAUGGAUUCACUUGCGAAGGAACAGGGAGGAUCCCAAUCGAAUGUCUCUCGGUUGAAGGAAACGGGGGGGAAAGGGAGGAGGUGGAGUGUAGCCCCGUAUCAGCUCUGUGUUGCUGUAAUGUGAUACCCCAAGCUAUCUGUUCAUCCCAACGCAUCUUCACCCGUUGAAGGAAGUACUAUUAGAGGAGGGAGGAACCUCUCAGUUCUCACAGAAGGCCAAAGAAGCUUCUGAAUUCUGCCGGGAGCUGUCUGUGCCGAGUAAAUAUUGCGAGAACCUUAAUGUGCUUGUCCAUCUGGUAUUGAAACGUGUUGAUAAAAGACGGUGACUGUAGAUGUUUCAUCCCGUCGGCCCGACCAUCACGGUUAUUGUGCUGGGAAGAUUGUCCGUCAGUGGGACCCAAAGCGGAUCUGUCUUGUUUAUUUUUUUUUUCCGUUGGUGAUUUUGAACUACGUCUCUGGCCCACGUGGUGCAUUUCCUGUUAGUUAAAGAGCUUCCCGGGUGGGACGGAACCACUCGGCACUGUCAAAGGGACCCUGGGAUGGGCAGGGGAUGGCAGUCUGCCGUCAUCACCUGUGGGUGGGAAGGUGAAAUCUAGCCAUAAAUCAAGGGUGUUUAUUGAGCACUUACUAGGUGCAGAAUACUGUAUUAGGCGCUUACCCUGAAAGUCCAGGAGCUCCCCCUGCCCCUCCGACUCAGACCCACCGGGAUUCCCAGAAGCCACAGACGUGGCCCGGAAUGCAGUGGAGCAAGCAUAGGGAGGCUCGUGGAGCAGCCGCUGGCAAUGUCGUCACCUCCCUGAGCUUCUGCCAACUUCGCUAUUUCCACGGACCCAGGAACCCCCGUGCAGGUACAGAGCUUGCCAUCUCUCCUCUUGAGUUGAUAAAACUGUAAACACCCUGGUGAGGCGAGUGGUUGUCUCGAAACUCAGUGUUUUAUGGAAAUACCGUGAUGCUUUACAUCUGGUGGAUAAGAAUCGCUUUUUUUAAUAAUCACUUCUUCUUGACUCAGAAUUCGUUUCUAGAUGGGCGAGUGAAGAGUUUCUCUUAAGAAAGGGUCUUUAGGUCAUCUCUCCUUCUUUGAAAAUCAGCAGGUGUUGAAGAGGCCAAAGGUGUGCCUGGAAAACGCUUCAAAAUUUUUAAAUUUAUGAGUAUGUGGAGAUGUUUCAUUUUUGGUCAAGUGAAAAUCUAGAGCUUUUGGAUUCCCGGGGGUAACUGACUCCUGGUUAGUUCAGUGCUACAAGGUGUAUUAAACCGCGCUAGAUGCUGAAGUUUCAGCCAUCAUUGUGUGGGUUUGCGCUUUGUUUUUUAAAGCACCUUAGUGGUAAAAUGAACAUAAUAGAAAUGGAUGUCGGCAUUGUCCCGUGCCAGAUGGGAAAAAAAAAACAGUUUAUGGGUCUCAGAAUUGGAAGUACCAAUGUGUUUUACAGUGCUGAAAUAAGUGGAAAUCAAGUAAUGGUGGAGAAAAAGAUAAAGUCCCUGUUUCUGACAAGGGAAGGUAGUGAAUGCAGAGAGAAAUUCAAGAAUCGGUGGAGUGUGGAGCAAGCUCCCAGCUCUGCUAAAAUGCUAACAGAGGAGAUGGGUGGCAUUACCUUCCAAAGGUUUCGUCGGACCUGUCAAUCAAUGACAGUUAUUGAGCGCUUACUGCAUGCCGAGCACUGUAUUAAGCACUUGGGGGACUAUAAUAGGAUAAAAUUGGAUUCCUGCUCAUAAGGAGCUUAUAGUCUUCAGAGGAGCUUACAGUCUUCUGUUGUAAAUGGUCACUCGGGAAGGAACUUGGCUAAAUAUGAUGAGGAAGAGGUAAGGAAAUACCUACCAGAGGAACAGACGAACAAACUGAGUUGUGGGAUUCCCGGAUUCAUUCAUCUGUUAAUUUCAGCUCUGAAUUGGAAACGAUUUCAGCCACUAAUUUUCAGAGUCCUCAAUGCUUGCAGCAAGAAUAUGGAAUGUGACCUUGUGUUUGAACCUACGGAUUCUCAAAUGGAUACAUUUUCAUGUUUAAAUCUUCCUGAAUAUUGAGCUUGUUGUAUUACAUUCUUUGGGUUCCUGUUAACAAUGUGUUAUCAGACAGUUUGGUCCCCACAUCACUAGAUGUUUUAUGUUGAAUAAAUGAAGAGUUUUUUUUACAAAA